AUGGGAGCAGUGAGCUGUUGGCAGGGGCAACAUAUCCAGGUGGCUGCUCCCCACAAGGGUGGCAACAUUCAGGGCCCCUGGACCCGAGGCUGGAAGAGCCUCUGGUCAGGUAUGAGGACCACCAAGUCAGGUCUGGAAGAACCAUGGGGACUACGGGGGCAUCAGUGCCUGCACCAGAAGCCCCUGGAGCCAGCCCUGCCAGUAGAGAAGCCUCUGUCUGACUGGCCUGUGCCUCAGUUCAUCAAUUUCUUUCUGUCCAAGUUUCCCAUUAGGCCCCUUAGUGGGCAUCAGCAACUGAAGAUUUCAGGUGUUGUGGCCAAAGGCUCCUUUGGAACUGUCCUCAAGGUGUUAGACUGUGGCCAGAAAGCUCUAUUUUCAGUGAAGGUGGUAUCCAAGGUAAAGGUCCUACAGAGAGACACACUGAGACAAUGCAAAGAAACGGUUAGCAUUCAGCAACAGAUCAACCAUCCUUUUGUACAGUUUUGGGGAUAGUUUUGGCAGGGAAAACAGCACUUCUUUAUUAUGUGCAGCUACUGCAGCACAGAUUUGUGCUCCCUCUGGCCCACUGCUGGCUGCUUUGCUGAGGCUUCCAUCUCUCUCUUUGCUGCUGAGCUGGUCCUGGUGCUGUGUUAUCUUCAUGACUUCGGCAUCAUCCAUGGAGAUGUGAAGAUGGAGCCUAUCCUGGAUGAAUGAGGUAAGAUAUCUGAAACCGACAGACUUUGUGGUCUGUCCUGCCACUUGCCCCAGGGAGCCCUAGCUUAUACUAUCUGAGGCACUCUUCAUUACAUAGCUCCAGAGGUCCUGAAUGGAGGGCCUUACAACCAUGCUACUGAUUGGUGGUCCCUGGGUGUCUUGCUUUUCUCUCUAGCAACUGGAAAGUUCCCAGUGGCUGCAGAGAGAGAUCAUGUGGCAAUGUUGGCAAGUGUGACCCACUGUGACUAUCAGAUUCCUGCUUCUCUUAAUCAAGGGGUCUCACUCCUGUUCCAUGAGAAUCCCUUCCAAUGUCCACACUAUCUGCAUAAUUUCCAGGUCCACCCUUUCUUUCGAGGUAUGGCCUUUGACCCAGAACUCCUACAGAAACAACCAACAAACUUUAUCUUGGAGGCAUAAGCUCCCCAGCCCAGUCCACUGGAAUCCAUGCCUUUCGAGGUUUGUGACUUAGAGUCCUUCCUGGUGCACCUUAGCCCUGCUUGGGUUGAGGCACAGCUGGAAACUGCCAACUCAGUAUGA